AUGACCGUUGAGACGAGUCCAGGCAAUUCAUCCACUAAACUUCUCAAAAUAGAUGAGGUCAAAUCAACUGCACGCAAGCAAAGAAUUGCAGCACAUAGCCAUGUCAAAGGACUUGGUCUCGACCCAGAGACCUUAUUGCCCAAAAACAAUGCUGGCGGCUUCAUUGGACAGAUGGAAGCUCGCGAAGCGGCUGGAAUAAUUGUGGAAAUGAUUCGUUCGAAAAAAAUGUCAGGCAGAGCAAUUCUGUUGGCUGGACCAAUGGGAACUGGAAAAACCGCGAUCGCUCUUGCAAUGGCACAAGAAUUAGGCGACAAAAUGCCAUUCUGUCCUAUGGUUGGCUCAGAGGUGUUUUCGGCUGAAGUCAAGAAAACCGAGGUUCUCAUGGAGAAUUUUCGUAGAGCGAUUGGUUUGUUCAUAUCCAUAAUCAUUUAG